GUACGUGCACUACUUCAGUGGCCUGCUCUCUGGCUCCAUCAAAAUGAACAACAAGCCCUUGUUUCUGCACCACGUGAUUAUGCACGGCAUCCCCAACUUCGAAUCCAAAGGAGGGUGCCGGCCCUUUCUCCGGAUCUACCAGGCCAUGCAGCCUGUCUACACGUCUGGCAUCUACAAUGUCCAAGGAGACAGCCAGACCAGCAUCUGCAUCACCAUCGAGCCCGGGCUGCUCUUGAAGGGAGACAUCUUGCUGAAGUGCUACCACAAGAAGUUCCGGAGCCCAGCCCGAGAUGUCAUCUUCCGUGUGCAGUUCCACACCUGUGCCAUCCAUGACCUGGGGGUUGUCUUUGGGAAGGAAGACCUUGAUGAUGCCUUCAAAGAUGAUCGAUUUCCAGAAUAUGGCAAAGUAGAAUUUGUGUUUUCUUAUGGACCAGAGAAAAUUCAAGGUAUAAGCUUGUUAGAGUUCAUUUUUUUACCCCCUUGCCUCCAUCCUAACCUGUCCUCUCCCCACCCCCACCAUUCUCCUACUGAUGUGCUCUGCAAUUAUCAAGUUACCUGUAAAUGAGAGGCAGGCCAGCAG